CCUCUGUUACCCACAUCGUUCGGCUUGGACUCAGGAGGGUUGACUUGUGCCACAGAGGAUCGGAGUUUCACAGCAGCUCACCCAGAGGGAAUAAACUCCAGAAGGAACCCUGGCUCUUCAUCUGCGGGAAUAUGGACGUUCACGGAUGACAACGAUGGGAUUUCUUCCAGCUGAGGGUGAGGACUACAGCAGAAGAGGAUUUCUUUUUACACGAACCAAGGACCCUGAACUGAAGUCCUCUCUACCACUGAUUUGAUCAGCAAAUGGAACACAAAACAUGGUAGCAACUCAAUAUCCUGAGGAGCUUCGACUGGCGCACACUCCAUCCCACCAUCUGCAAGGCAAUACACAAUCACAACAGAAUCUCCACAGAGUGCUUCCCCAAACUGAGUCACAGCCAGGGUUAGUUAUGGCACAACAAUUGGAGAUUUCUACGCAAAAUGUGAGCAGUAAUUUUGGGCCAAAAAGUAACACAAAUAAGGGACUGUGGCAAAGACAACAUCCAAAUUCUGCCUGCCAAGCUCAUGUCAGUUCUGCAGCACGUAAGGAUGACAGUCUUGGAAUUACAACUGAGACAUUUUCUUUUCAGCAUCAGUGUUCUUUGACUAAGAACAAGAAGACGACAUCCUUGCUGCAUGCCUUAAUGGAAAAAAAUAUUCCAGAUCGUAAGUCCACAUUUAGCACAUAUUCUUCUUUGUCACAUCAAACUACUGCCCAACUUGAAGUAAGAACAACUGAUAACUUUGCAGGUGGAAGUAACAGCAAAGGACCACCAGUUAGAGGCUCUUUAGCUUCUUUUAAUGUUGAACGGAAAAGAAUACAAAACACAAAUGAUGGAGGAAGACAAUCUGGCCCUCAUCAGCACCAUGUAUCUGCUUCGUUUUUCAGCAGUAAACCAUCAAAAGAUGAUGUCUCACCAGCCGAAGAUAUUGAAUGUUUUAAUAGAAGAACAUUAGCCUUCGUCACUGAAAAAAUCGAGCUGUAUCAGAAAACGCAGCCUGUCAAAAGGGACGGACAAACUUCUUCUACCAUCGUUGCCAGUUCCCCUACUGCUGUGGCUGCACAAGCAGUUGGAGAGCACAUUUCAAAGAGCUGCAAAGAAAAUGCUCAUCCCACUCCAGAGUCCAAAGAGGCAGGAGAUUGUGAAACAUCUGUGUCGAAGAAGCAUUCAACAGAGUAUCCACAAAUUGUGCGAGAAGUUGCUGCCACUUCCAAAAGGAAUGAAGAUGAGAGUCCUCAUACUGCGACUACAGUACCUGGAGUGACCUUGGAUGAACCGGCUGAGAAACGACACACUUCAAAACUUGACUGCAACUCUUCCCAAGAAAAAAGCGAGUCUCUCUGGUUGGAUAUCAACAAGGCAGUGGAUGUCAUGGACCAGCUGCCUGGUGUUUCUGGGGCUUCUAAACACACCACAGAGGAUCAACUGGCUAGAAGCAUAGAACCCGUAGAUGGAGUAAGGUUAAACCAUGUGCAUGGUGUGGCUAAUGUCCUAGAGAAGCUCCAAACCAAGUUGGUACCUAAGAAGAUAACUUUUGAACCUCUGUCAUGCAAUGAUCAUCCACAGCAACACAAUGAAAACAUUGAGAUAGCCCCACAGAGUUCUAGUGAUUAUGUUCGGGGAGUUAUUACACAUUCCAAGCUGAAUUUGUCUAUUGACAUAAUUCAGAUUAAUGAUGAUCUGUCAGUUUCCACAAGUCAGAGUGAACAGCUGGGAAACAGAGGAAAGUGGGACUUUUUAAGUGAGGGUGCUGGCUCUGUGUAUUCACAAGCUGAUUUGAGCAUGUCACUCAAUGGAAGCAAAGUCCAAGAACGCACUGGCCGAUUGGCAGGCAUGAAUGAGGAAGUUUUUGCCAUAAAUACUGUAAAAAAUCCAGAAUAUGAAGACAUUUCAGAUGAUAGUCAGACACAAGCUGUGGGCGAGGAAGCAUUUGCUAAAAAAGUUCUUAAGACUGACUAUGAAGACAUCUCAGAUGAUGGGGACACAUCACAGCCAGCCACAAAACUCUGUUACACUCACUUUGAGGAACUGAGCGUCCCCCCACGUUUUGAAGACAUUAAGUAUGAAAAUAUAAGUGAAGAUGAAAACUCAGUGAGUGAGAACGUGGCGGAAAGAAAGCCUUCACUUUUGUUCAGUUCACAAGUAACAAAACUAACCAGCGAACAAAUGCUGUGUAGUGAUCGGCAGGGUUUGGCUCAGAUGAAACAAGAAAACAUUCCACGUGACGAACUUACCGAAAAGCCAGUUUCACCAAAGACUGUAUUGUCUGAUAAAGCACACUGUAGCUCUCAUUCAGUUUGUAAUGACUCUGAUGAUGGGAAGAAGUCUGUCUUAUGCAGCUCUGCUCUUUUGAAAAUUGAUAACGAGUUUGAUGAAGACAGUGAUGAUGACUGGAUAGUUAUACCUAUAACAAUUUCUGGCCUCAGAUAUGAACCAGAAAGUGAAGACCAGGAAGGUUUAGAAAAAGUCCAGCUUGAUGAUGAUGAACAAGAAAUUACAGAAAUACAAUGCAACAGAGAACAACCCCUUUGGCCAGGUCCAAAACCAGAAGCUACUUGUCCUUUUUCUAAGAUGGAGGUGUUUGAAACAGUUGAUAGCUUUGAACAAGCCACAGAGAUACAUAUAAUAGAUAAAUUUGAGGUCCCAUCAUGCUGGAGUGCACCUGAGCAUGAAGUGGACUAUGAUGGAGAACCUCAUGUACCUCAGAAACGUAUGGGGCAGUAUCCUGAGAGUGAAGAUACCUGUGACACUGAAGACAGCUGUGAUUAUCCAUCUGAAUCACAACUCAACCACAUGACUGUCUGUGAGCCAUUUUCCAAGCAGAGUCCGACACCUCCAAACCCACCUCCAAAUGUUACUGUCCAGGAAACAGAGGGAGAACAGGAUAAGGUAACAAAUGGUCAAACCUUAAACUUAAACACUAUUAAAGAAAGACUUCAUAAGAUAAUACAAGCCACCAGAAACAUCAAACAGAAGACAAAUGGACAGAGUAUUUCAAGCAAGACUGACACACCAUCCCUGGAGUCUGACUCGGACGGUGAAAGAGACCAAAGAAGGAGAAAGAAGGUGAAGAGGAAGAGGAGAACACGUUUAAGCUCAGACAGCUCUGAAAGCAAAGCUGAACUUGAAUCUGCUCAACACGAGACAGAAAAACACAAUACUCUAAACAAAGGUCCAAUAGUUAUUGGAUCAGAUUUGGAGGACAAAAUUAAUCGAUCCCGCAAAAAGAGAGCAAGGAGGAGAUUAUACUCUUCAACUUCAGAGGACCGAGGAGAUCAAACAUCUAUUGACCAAGCAGCACCACAGCAGCAGUCUACACAUCAUGAUGAAGAGAUGAGAGAAACCAUACAGGAGCUUUGCUCUGACCAGCAGAUUGAAACCGACGCUGACUCAGAGUCUAUCCAGCAUAUAACAGACAGGCACAAGAUAUUAAAUGGUCCAAUUAUUCUUGGUUCUGACUCAGAGGAUGAAAGUAAUCAAAACUGCAAAAAGGAGGCAAAGAGAAGGAGAUUGUCCUUAUCCAGCUCAAUGUACAAAAGUGACCCCACCUGUAUUGACCAACUACAACCGCAGCAGCAAUCCAAACUUCAUGAUGAAGAGUUUGAAGGAGCCUCGAGCUCCAAAGCCGACUCUGAGCCUGCUCAACUAAAGGCAGACAUUCAAAAGAUUUCAACUCAAGAAAAUGUUAUAAUCCUUUCAUCUGACUCGGAUGAUGACAGCGACAUUACCUAUGAAAAGCAAAACAAGGCAAGAUUAGUAACCUCAGAGUUAGCAGACUGUCAUGACACAAGUGUUGAACAAAUUAUACCCUCACCUGAGGCCAUUGAGUCUAAAACUGCAGAAGUAAAACGCAAAGAAACCACGCUGCCUCCUGCAAACUCAUCACUGCAACAACACUUAUCUAACCUUCAUGCUACACAGAAGAACAAAACAAAGCAGAACAUGUGCUCUGACUUGACUCAGAGAGGGAGUGGACAGCAAAUGAAAGCUAAAAAUAACUUUGAGAAUGUUCAUCCCAAAAGCAACAGACAAUCAGUUUCAGAAGAAAGUGAAAGGUUAACAGAUGCUGACAAAGAGCUUAGAAGAAAACAUCGUUGCAAAAGAGCAGCUCAUAAAAAGAGAAUUCUGUCAUCAAGUUCAGAGGACAGUAGCAGUGAUACCUUUUGUGCCACAGAGGAGAUACUUUCACCUGAACCUAAGGACUAUCGCUGUGUCACUGCCACCAAGAAGCCUGAAAAUAACAGACCAUCAUCUGAAGACUCGUCAAAAAGACAGCACCAGUCAAUGAACAGGGGAACAGACUUUGUUCGGGGUUCUAAUCCUUUACUUCCUCGUCCUUUGGUUUCAAACUCUGAUCAACUCAACUGCCGCUUGAAACUCCAGAGCAGCAAUGUCAGAGAGAAGACUAUGCAGUAUUUGAACAAAAGCAAAAAGGUUCAGGCCACUGUAGCAAAACGUCCUUCGGUUUUAAGACAAUUUUCAUUGCCUAACCAUUUAGGCCUGUCUACUUCUAACAGUAUUACCACUUCUACAUGUGGACCACCAACUGAAGCGAGACGAAGCUCAGUCUCCCCAAGUGGUUUGCCUUUGUCUGGUAUGUCCAGAGAAGCCUCAACCUCGGCUUAUCUUCCUAGAUCCAAGCAGAGUACAUCUCCACCUGGACAACAUUUGACCUCUGCUAAAGCACAGCGGUCUCGCUCUCAUAGUGGCCCUUCAACAUCAAAUCAACUUUGCAGUCCUACUGAGGGUUCAUCAUACUCGAUCCCACAACCUACGAGGACCAAAAUAAUGAAGGACUGGGAGAAAAGCUUCCCAAAUAAGGGAGAAAGAAGAAGAAAAAAAAUGAGAUCAGGGGUGAGGGACAACUUGGGAACCACAAAUGAUGACUCAUCUAGGGAAGUCAGACCGGGACCUAGUCCUUCUGUUUUGUCAGGGACAGCCAGACUAGUACCUAGUCGCAGUGAUUUUUUGAGGGAUGCUAGGCCAGGACUUAGUUACCUUGAUCCAGCAAUGGAAUCUAGACCAGGAACUGGUUGCUUUGAUUCAUCAAGGGAAGCUAGACCAGAAUCCAUGGGCCGCAAGAGGAGAGCCAGGCAGAGGAAAAAGUCCCCUGAGAAUACAGCCCCACUGAUGAAGAAGACCAGAGAUUACUACAUGCAGCUGCCAAAGCCUGCAAGGAAGCCUGCAAGGAAACAAAGUUGCCUUGUGGGUGGAAAUUACAAGUGGAGAGAGCGAACGAAAGGACCCUUCAGGGAGGGUAAGCAGAGUUGAACUCCUCCAGGACUUCAUACAUGAGAAAAAGAUGCAUAUGUCUUUGUAUGACGUCUGUUUUAAUCCCACAGGGACAAGUGGUUGAUGAUCCAAAACUUAAGUUACAAUUGAAAAAAGUUCUGUCUUUGAUUUUUCAGAGGAUUUGUGUAUAAUUCAGUGACAUACAAUUAUAUAUCUUUAUUGCAAAUUCUUAUUACUCUGUUUUAACUGUAUGUCUGUACAUAUGUGCAUAGUGUAAAUAUGUUUGUGGUGAUGUCUUUUUUUUAUUGAUUUGGUGUAAAAAAUAUAUGUAUACCAGCUACCUCAGUAUGUAUCAGAAUAUAGCACUAAGCUGGUACCUUUUUUGCUCUUAACACUGUCUGGACUUGAAACUGUCAAGAAGGUAUCAGUUUUUCCCUCUUUUCUUUUUUUUAUCACGUCUUUUUUAUGUUAACUGUUACUCUACGUUAAAGACAGCUAUGAUUACAAUGUUCUAAAGGGAAAUGCCAAACUUGUUUUAAAAUGUUAAAAGUGAAAUAUAAAAGACGAAUGAAUACAUUGCUUUUC